AUGCCAACACCUCCUCAGCCAUAUAUGCAGCAUGUCACUGCCCUGGUUAAGUCUCUCCUCAAUGCGCAGCUCAAAGUGAUUCUGCGCAAUGAACACCUGCCUGUGUCAGGGGUAAAGCAUGUACUGCAAUUAAGGAUAUUGAAUCAUAUACAAUCAGUGGCGCAUAUCCCCGCGGAAUUUGAACGGCUAAAGGCAAGCAUUUAUUUCACAGCGAAGAAUUCACUGUCAACUACGCCCGAUCAAUCUCCCUCGUCUCAUCCAAUGCCUUCGCAUGCACCGACCCAGCCUUUACCAACUCCCAGGCCAGCAUUUUCUACAACAAUAACACCCCCAUAUUCAACUUCGACUGGUAUUUACACGUUACCCCCCUUCCAAAAAUAUCAAAUUCGAUCUGACAUGAAUAUCCCAGUUUCUCCAAUUUUUAAGGAGAGCCCCUUUUAUACUAUCCUCGAACCCUUAACCUCCGUGGCAGAAUGCAAAAUUCGUGAGACCGCAAGGGAUGUGGUAGAGCUCAAAUUCCAUCUUACUGAGUCUGUGGCUGCGAGGUUCCAGACUGAAUCAGACUUACGUGUUAUGGUAUAUUGCACUGCUGAUACCGGAUUAAAUCAAUAUUCAAAGUCCGACAUCUCAUUUCCCCACCAAGUGGAAUUAAAGGUCAACCUUGAUGAGGUUAAAACCAACCUUAGAGGGCUGAAAAAUAAGCCUGGCACUACGAGGCCAGCGGACAUUACGAAUUUUGUUCGCAAAAAGGCCGGCUAUGUUAAUCACAAAUUCUUCGUUAUUGUUAACCUUGUCAAGAAACAUUCUGUUGAAGAACUUGUCGAAAAGUUGAAAAGCAAGCCAUUGAUAACAACGGAGCAAGUCAUUAGAGAAAUGAAAAGCAAGGCCGAAGAUACAGAUAUUGUGGCUACAUCAAGUAUUAUGUCCCUCAAGUGCCCAUUAUCAACGCUUCGCAUUGCAAUUCCCUGUCGCACGGUUUUGUGUUCUCACAGUCAAUGCUUCGAUGCCGUGUCAUUCCUUCAGCUGCAAGAACAGGCGCCUACAUGGACCUGCCCCGUCUGUAAUAAAGUGACUUCGUUUGAAGGCCUUCAAAUCGAUCAAUAUUUUGACGAUAUACUUAAAUCAACGUCCACGGAUACCGACCAAGUGACGAUCGAGCCAAACGGGGAGUGGUCCAAACCCGGCGACCGAGACCCAACAACUGAAACCCAAGCACACACACCUGCACUUAACGAUGACGAUGAUUUGAUAGAAAUCCAAGACUCGCGCCUUUUAUCACUAAAACAAGAGCCCUCGGCCUUCCAAAUACCGCUUCCGCCAUCAAUCACCCCGACCCCUUCUUCGCGUGAAGCAUCCUUAGUCUCACCAGCUCGGGUUUCAACCAAUAAACGGUCGGCAAGCCAGGUCAUUGACUUAACGGGUAGCGACGACGAAGAACCUCCACGGCCAGCGAAGCGACCAACGCUUCCUAACAGCGCAUCUUUGAACGGGUUCCGAAGGCAAAGCUACGAUUACCGUGUAGACGCUAAUUACAGAAGUUCGCUUUCAAAUUCUAACAGCAAUUACUAA